AUGUCUAUCGCGGUUGAGCAUACCAUGAAGUCGGCUUGUGACAAACUUGCCAUCGAAGGCGGCAACGCCAGUGGUGUGUCAAGCUCAACAAAUGCCUUCCCAGAGCAAGAGGACGGCGAUGAUCAGCUUGAGCUGCUCACUAGGCCGAACUCCCAUGGCCAUAAGAUGACAGACAUGGCCGAGAUCGAUGGAGUCUCAAAGUUGCACUCUGGAGAGAAAGUGUCGGACAAGCCGUUGCCAGUUUUGCCGAGAGAGUUGCUUAGGAAGAUCGUGAAGCUUGCGAUGACCGCGAAUACUAACGAGCAUAUCAUUUCAAUGCCAUGCUUUACGUCAAUGGCUUUUCAACCCGGUCUCAAUCUGUCAUGUCUUUUGCUUGACCACGAUUUGUAUCAUGUUGCGCGCGACGCUCUGUACAAUAUCAACACCUUCGCCUUCAAUUUCUUUGGUACGGACAUGAAGACGGUACAUAACUCUGUGGGACUUUACCGGUGCCGCAAAGAAGGAUGUCUGAAGGCCGGUGGUCAUCCAACGCUUGAUAAAGUCAUCUUCAAUCUGGGUCAUUCUUCUGACCCUGACGCAGCAAGACACAUGAUGGUCGCCUUCGAACGUGCGCUAAAAUGUCUUCGCUCCCCUUUGACCACAAACCAUCUCUUGUUGCAUCCGCUGAACUAUUCCUGGCGAACUGAUGGCCAGCUAGCCAGCUUCUGUCGAGUUCUGAAAGAGAAGGUCAAAGUGCAGAAGAGCCUCGUGGUCUCCGCUAUGGACGUGCUUCUGGAGCUCGACAUACGAGCAAUACCCAAGGCCUUGAACUUGGAUAUUCAGCCUAAUUCGUACAAAAUCCGAUACCGAGGAUCAGAGUCGCAUGAUCUUGGAUACUUCGUUACCAUAUACCUACCACGCAUGCCUGGCUCGACCAUCAAUCUGACGGACAUCGAUGACACGAUUUCUUCUUAUCAAAAGUGGAAGAAGACUGCUAAACAGGACUGCAUUGUCAAUGGAUUAGAUUACGUUACCGACUUUGAGGACGUGCAGAUGUUCCCUGUUCUUCGCAUGCCUCCUACUAAUUCUCUAGUGACUGUUACCUUUCCUGCAGCAAUUACAACUGGCACUGGAUCUGCCAGUAACAACUACUAA